GUACAACUCUGUGUGAGUCGGACUUUGCACUCUACUCUCUGCUUGAUUCUCUCUCUAUCUCUCUCUCGUAUCUCUGAGGACUUGCGAUUGCUUCGUCUCUGUUGACUUUGUAGCUCUCUGUUGUGAGCAACUUGCCGGGAAUGAGGGAGAUGGACAGGGGGAAGGCGAUGCGCCACUACGCCGUCGUAUUGGCGGUGUUGCUGCUUGGCAGUGCAACGGAAGUUGUGAGAUCGGAUGCGUCGGAUCACCGGUACAAGCAAGGAGAUGAGGUCCCUCUGUACGCCAACAAGGUCGGCCCUUUUCACAACCCUAGUGAAACGUACAUGUACCAUGACUUGCCCUUCUGUUCACCAGCCAAUGUUGAAAAGAAAUCAGAAGCACUUGGUGAGGUAUUGAAUGGAGAUCGUUUAGUUCAUUCCCUUUACAAACUUGACUUCUUAGCUGAUAAAGAGUCCGAGGUAGUUUGCAAGAAAAAACUGUCAAAGAGUGAUGUGGAGAAAUUCCGACAUGCUGUUGCAGAGGACUACUAUUUCCAAAUGUACUAUGAUGACCUGCCAGUUUGGGGUUAUAUUGGCAAGGUUGACAAAGAAAGGAAAUCUGACCCCAGUGACUACAAGUAUUACUUAUUUAAGCAUCUCCAUUUUGAGAUCUUCUACAAUAAAGAUCAAAUCAUUGAGAUCAUUGCAAGAGCUGAUCCUAGUGCCAUGGUUGACAUCACUAUGGAUAAGGAACUUGAUGUAGAUUUCAUGUACUCUGUGAAAUGGAAGGAAACAAAUACUCCUUUUGAGAAAAGGAUGGAAAAGUUCUCACAAAUCUCUGCAUUGCCACAGCACCUGGAGAUCCAUUGGUUCUCAAUUAUAAAUUCCUGUGUCACAGUUCUGCUCUUGACUGGUUUUCUUGCAACAAUUUUGAUGCGAGUCCUCAAAAAUGACUUUGUGAAAUAUGCCCAUGAUGAGGAAACAGCUGAUGACCAAGAGGAAACUGGGUGGAAGUACAUUCAUGGUGAUGUUUUUAGGUUCCCAAAGCACAACUCUCUGUUUGCUGCAGCACUUGGAUGCGGGACACAGCUCUUCACCCUUGCAAUAUUUAUAUUUUUACUUGCACUUGUUGGGGUGUUUUACCCAUACAACCGGGGAGCUCUUUUCACUGCAUUGGUGGUUAUAUAUGCACUGACAUCUGGGAUUGCGGGUUACACUGCAGCCUCAUUCUAUUGCCAACUUGAGGGAACAAACUGGGUUAGGAAUUUAUUGUUGACUGGAGCCCUCUUUUGUGGACCACUGUUUCUCACUUUCUGCUUCCUAAAUACUGUUGCCAUUGCUUAUGGUGCUACUGCAGCCUUGCCAUUUGGUACUAUUGUGGUCAUCUUCCUGAUAUGGGCUCUUGUAACAUCACCUUUACUUGUCUUGGGUGGGAUUGCUGGAAAGAAUAGCAAGUCAGAAUUUCAAGCUCCCUGCCGAACAACCAAAUAUCCUCGAGAGAUCCCACCAUUACCUUGGUAUCGUGGAACAAUUCCUCAAAUGGCCAUGGCAGGAUUCUUGCCAUUCAGUGCCAUCUACAUUGAACUUUACUAUAUAUUUGCCAGUGUUUGGGGUCACAGGAUUUACACCAUUUACAGCAUCUUAUUCAUAGUCUUCAUUAUUCUUGUGAUUGUUACUGCCUUUAUUACGGUGGCUCUGACCUACUUUCAACUUGCUGCCGAAGAUCAUAAAUGGUGGUGGAGGUCUUUUCUGUGCGGUGGAUCAACUGGCUUGUUCAUCUACGGUUACUGUCUAUAUUACUAUUAUGCACGAUCAGAUAUGUCAGGCUUCAUGCAGACAUCAUUUUUCUUCGGGUACAUGGCUUGCGUAUGUUAUGCCUUCUUUCUCAUGCUUGGAGCUGUUGGUUUCCGGGCAGCACUGUUUUUUGUUCGCCAUAUAUACCGCUCAAUCAAGUGCGAGUAAGCAGCAAGGCGUCCUGUUUAUUUUGUGCCAUAGCGUAUGUUUUUCUUCUCAGCAUUCAGAUCGAGACAUGAUGCGAAGCAAGUAGAAAAGUCACGUGAUAUAUAAACUAGGAUUAAUGACAGGCAACAUGGAUGAGCGUUAUGUAUCCAGGCAGAUGAAGAUCAAACUAGUUGAACUUGAUAGCAUCAUGCUUUAAUGGCAGUUAGUAUCUUCUCAUUAGUAAUUUCUUCCCUCCUCUGUCUGCUUGCAGGAUCUUCAAUCUGUAGGUAAAAAACAUUAUGGAUAUGUUAUGCUUGUUGAAUUCUGUAGUCUUGUUGCACAAUUUCAUGUCAGCCAUGAAAAAGGUUAGAUGUUAGUUUUAAGGGAGAAAAUAUUAUUGUUUUAUUUUCAUUUUUGAUUUCACAAUUGUUAUGUCACUUUCACGUUUGGUAAGUAUAAUUUUUAUCACAUUUGGUGGAUGAUUUUUAUUUUUA